AGGCUCGUCCCUCCGUAGCUUCAGUCGUCGAAGUAACACUGACACUCAGUGAAAUAUUUCAAUAAUUUUUUUCACUCAUGUUUCGAAUAGUGAAUUCAGUUGCUCUUUGGGUGUUUCUUUUUCUGGGAAUUCAGGCGAUCGCCGGACUGAAGCUUAAGUUCCUGAAUGUGAUAUUUCGUCAUGGGGACAGAACUCCAUUGGAAAGCGGAACCGAAGUGUUUCCCACAAAUCCGUACGCAAACGAGACCUUUUCCCCUUACGGGCACGGACAAUUGACCAAUCAAGGGAAGCAACGCAGUUAUGAUUUUGGUCUCUACGUUCGCCGACAGUACAACGAAUUCCUGGGAGCCACAUAUCAUCCAAAAAUGGUGCGGGCCCGGAGUUCUGAUAAGGACAGGACUAAGAUGUCCCUGCAGCUAGCGAUGGCAGGUGCUUUUCCUCCUUCCCCAGCGGAGCAAUGGAACCCGAGCUUACACUGGCAGCCAGUCAUCACCAAUUACGUGCCACGGCCCGACGUUCUCAUGAUGCCCAUCGAGUGUCCCCAGUUUGCAGCGGAGUUGGAGAAGACACUGCAGCUGCCGGAGGUCCGGGAGGCGGAGGCGAAGUACAACGAUUUGACGAGAAAUCUUACCCAGUGGACCGGUAAAUCAGUAGUUGAUACAAAGGAUGUUGCUGGCAUUUACACCAGUCUGAAAUCAUUGUAUUUUAUGGGACUUGAACUGCCUCAGUGGACGGAGGGAAUUUUUCCUGAAGGGCUGCUGGCCGAAGCCGCUGUCUUUCAUUUCCGCAUGGGCAGUUAUACGAAGAGACUAAAAACCCUAAAUGGGGGCAUUAUGCUGAAGAACUUUACUGACACAAUGUCAUCGGUGAUCAGUGGAGAAGAGCCUGAUCUCAAAAUGAAUUUCUACGGAGGUCAUGACUACAACAUCGUGGCAUUUCUGGAGAUAUUUAAUCACAUUGAACCUCAUGGAGCUCAAUAUUCCAGCGCUAUUUUCAUUGAGUUACUGGAGGAUAAUGAGUCAAAAUAUUAUGUCAAGGUGUUUUAUUACAAAGGAAUUCCAAUGGUCCAAAUUCCGCUGAAUAUUCCAAAUUGUGGGGAAGUAUGUCCCUUCGAGAAAUUCGUUAAAUUGUUUGAAGAUAUUUUUCCGACUCAGGAAGAUAUUAUAUGCCCAAGAGAUAGAAUAUCAAAAAUUUUCUGACAUUCUCCAUUGUUUGUUAAUUUCUUGGAAUUCAUCAUUGAUUAUAAAAUGCAUUGAAAAAUAGCAAACAAAUUCAAUCGACGGAUAAAAAUGUUAGUCAAUUUUACUUUAAUAAAUGUAUAUUAUAAUAAAUAAAAUAUUUAAAGAAUUGUAUCAAUCAUUC